UUUCUCAGAAGUUCAGGAGUAUAAGUUAGUGUUGGUAGGCUAUCUGGAACCUCUCAAACACCCGUCGUACAAGCAGAAUGGAAGCUAUCAAGAAAAAGAUGCAGACAAUGAAACUAGAGAAGGACAAUGCUAUUGAUCGGGCAGAAACAGCUGAACAGCAAUCUCGAGAGGCUAAUGCACGAGCCGAUAAAGCUGAUGAAGAAGUGAGAGUUCUUCAGAAGAAGAUCCAGCAAAUUGAAAAUGAAUUGGAUUCAGUUCAAGAACAACUGACCAGUUUCAACAUCGAACUAGAAGAAAAAGAAGUUUCCCUUCGGAAUGCUGAAUUAGAAGUUUCUACUCUCAACAAGCGGGUUCAACUUUUGGAAGAAACUCUGGAGAAGUCUGAAGAAAGAUUGAAGGUAUCUACUCAACAACUAGAUGAAACAUCCCAAGUCGCUGAUGAAACUGAACGGCAACGCAAAUCUUUGGAAAACCAAACAAACCUAGAUGAUGACAAGAAAUCUGUUUUAGAAACGGAGUUAAACCAAACUAGGUCACAAUUAACAGAAUCGGAGAAAAAUAAUGAAGAGAUGACCCGCAAGAUUGGUGUGUUAGAAUCAGCUUUGGAACAAGCAGAACAAAGAGUUAAUGAGGGAGAGAGGUGA